AUGAUAGGUUUAGAGAGUACGUCCAAGAACUCGGCUACUAACUCAGUGAGUCAAGAAAGCAAGAAAGAGAAGACGAGCCCGGUUAGAGACUCCGGUAAGCAUCCGGUUUACCGAGGUGUCCGAAAGAGGAACUGGGGAAAAUGGGUGUCGGAGAUAAGAGAGCCGAGGAAGAAAUCUCGUAUAUGGCUAGGAACGUUUCCUUCCCCGGAGAUGGCGGCGCGUGCACACGACGUAGCUGCUCUGAGCAUCAAAGGAGCCUCGGCGAUACUUAACUUCCCUGAACUUGCCGGCUCUUUCCCACGUCCAAGCUCUCUCAGCCCUCGAGACAUUCAAGCCGCAGCUCUCAAAGCGGCACACAUGGAGAUCAUCAUUACCACCUCGCAGUCUUCUUCUAUUUCUUCUUCAUCUUUUGAGUUUUCUUCCUCGCAGUCUUCUUCUUCACUGGAGUCUCUGGUGUCUUCUUCAGGGACUGGCUCUGAGGAGCUAGGGGAGAUUGUUGAGCUACCGAGUUUAGGAUCGAGCUAUGAUGGCUCAACUCAGCUAAGUAACGAGUUCAUUUUCUCUGACUCGGCAGACUUUUGGGCUUAUCCACCUCAUCAGUUGUUAGAAGGUGAUUAUGAGAUGAUUCCUGGCUCAUUUUCACAGGAUUGGGAUCUUCCAGGACUGUUUAAUUAUUGAGUUAUAAUCAUAUGAAAAAAAAUCUACUUGUAUUGAUGUGUUAACUACGUUUUAGUGAACCCUAUAUUUUGUGGUGGGGUGAGUUUAGGGUUAAUUGUCUUUGAUUCUCUUUUCUCAAUGUGCGUGUUUGUUUGUGAGUGUGUGUGUGAUAGAGAGAGAGAGAGUGUGUUCCAUAUAUGAAUACUUGUACAUAACUUUCGUUUUUUUUUAAGUCAGUGUGGAAUUUUGUAAAAUAAAUAAUAUUGGACUAUUAGCCAAUGGAAGACAUGACCAUUCUAUAUGAGUGCAUGUGGUUGAUUCGAGAUGAUCAUUAUUCCUUUUCUCUAAUGAAAAUUAA